AUGACUUCUAUCCUCCGUCUGGGAAGCAAAGAUCGCUCUUCUUUCCUCUUCAGACGGCAUGGCACUGAUAACAACGGAGACACUUCGUCCGAUCUGCUGGCUCAUCGCCUGCCUGAAUUAUCGCGUGUCGAUACACGAUCUCUGCUAGGCCUCUUUGACGAAUACAACAAGUCCGAGCACCUUGAAGCUCUGCCUAGAUUCCAGUCAGAUCAUCAAAGGUCUACUGCUUUGAAACCACAGAUUUGCCUUUCGACAGUGACCGAGCAUGGCGUAAUUGGAACCAUGAAGCCAUUCAAUGAAGAGGCAGUUCAACACCCUAGGCUCGAUCUGGUUCGAAAUGAAUCAACAUCAUCAUCCUGUUACUCUCAGCCCAGCCAGAGGGGGAGCGACUACUCUCCUCUGGUCACAAGAAAUUCGUCAAGCUCGAGUUAUGUUCAGGAAUCACCUUAUGACCUCUCAGAAGCCCCAUCACUGAAGCCGGACCCGUUAAAAUUAUCGACUCAUUCUGCCCUCUCUCCAGCAGCACAAUCACAGCCACGUAAGGUCUACCCGACGGUUGCCUCGCCAGUAACACUCCCGUCGCCACCACCAAACUUAGACAAACCGCUCCCACCAGGACCUCGUGAACCACAAAAGGCAUCCGUCUCAGUUCCUGAUCUUCUACUCCGGACCACAUCUGCAGAUCGACCUUCAAAUAGACUCUCCGUCCAACCAGACAAUGUCCAAGCCUCUUCAUUAAGCUCGAGGAGUGCAUCUGCAAGGCGCGCGUCUGACGGUCAAGCAUUGGCAGAGCUCCCCUCGUGGAGAUCCAAGUCUGUCCGAGACCAUCGACCUGGACAGCUGGAGGUGCCAAACACAAACCAGUUACCAUCGGACGCCAAAACCCAACGACAUGCUGGAGUCGAAAUCGAAGAGUAUCGCCGCCACACAGCCGACCUCACGGUGUCGAAUAGGUCGUAUGAACCCAAGCCGAAGAAUGUCAAAGCACGACGUGGAAAAUUAAUCAAGCCAAUCUCGGCAUCAACGGCGGAACGAGUCAUUUACAAGAUCAUGUGCAACCUUCACAGCUUGGAAGAUCUUCAAUCAAUGGCCAUAGUUAGCAAAGGCUUCUACCGCACAUUCCAUCGCAAUGAGUCGAACUUGGUAAGCCAUUUGAUCUUCAAAACAUCUCGACCGGCCUGGGAAUUUCGACGAAUCACGCUUGCUCUUAAAGGGUCCAGCAACUUUGUCCUCAAAGACUACCGUCGCGAUUGCAAGAAUUUGACGGCGUUGAAAGCUUUCAUUGUUGCUCACUGCGGCUCGAAUUGUAAACAAGGUGUGUUGGUUGGACUUCUCGGUCAGUACGAGGAUCGUACCAAGCAGAUUGACAAUGCUCUUUGGCGCAUCUGGACUUUCUGCAGCCUCUUCGGUAACACUAUGGGAAGAACGAGCCCUCCACAGGCAGAACUUGACUGGCUGAACGGUAGCAAGGCAGCCAACAAGAACAUGGGCGCAGAUUUUGCCGUCGGAAAUGGAAGCGGCCUCACUACGGGGGAGCUUGAGGACAUGAUUGAGAUCUGGCAAUGUUUGCAAAGACUACUUUCUGGCUUUCAGGGUCGAGAAUCUGAAGCCAAAAAAGCCGGUGUCUUUGACAACUGGCAUCUUCGGGAAACAACUACUGAAGCUCAGCAUCUGGGAGAGUGGAUUUCCUAUUUACUUACACUGGGCCCUCAGACAAUCUUAGCCCUCUCUUCGUGCUCGUUCGAUCAAGCCAGAAUGUUGAGCCUCACGAAAUGGCCCGCUCCGGUUGCAGGGCAGAGCCGAUCAUCCUUCUUGACUGCCGCAAUCACCCAGGUUUAUCAAGAAAGACUUCUCGAGGAGGCUACACUCAAGGCUGCGCGAUUUUCAAUAACCCCGAUGGCUGCUCCUCAAUUACAGCACCAGCGCAAACCAAGUCACCGACCCACCAGAUCUUUCGACGAACGACAACUGGCUCCUCCUCCAGUACGCACGACAGUGAACCAGACUCAGUCCCUCCGAAUCGACACUACCAUGCUCAAAAGAAGGCCCAUAUCUAUGAUUGCACAAUCUGACGUUCGGCUUGAAAUCCGACCAGAUUGUGAUCCAGCUAAUGAUCUUUCCAUGAACAAGUCACAGGUGUUCCCUGCUACCCCGACCGCCGAUCCGACGAUGUUUUACACCCUUGGAAUGACACCGACAGCGAGCACGAAACUUGGGGCUACUUUGUUUCCGGUUGAUUACGUGAACCCGGGACCCCGAGUACCUUUCCGCAACACUGAUCAAUCCCACGCUUCGACACCUGGCGUGGUAGACCCUGUGGACAGAGCCAUGAGAGUUUUGGUGCAAGACCUAGGUUUCAGCGAGAUUCGCGCGAGAAAGGCGCUCGCCAUGUGUGACACUGGUUCGGGGAUUGACCUCCAAAAAGCCAUCGAGCUGCUGACGAUCGAUGCGAAAGACGCCAAACAUCGCCUCGCACCGCCUAUAGAAUUACCCACGCCAUCGAUAGUCUCGAGUCCCGACCGGGCGAAGAGGCAGCCCACGGCUUUCUGUGACGGGCAUUGCUCUCCAACCUCGUCGAUCGCACAUAAGAGACAGCGAUCGACGGGCACGAUCACCGACACCUCCAUCAGCCCAAUCUCAAUCAGCGAUGACGCCGAAUGGCAAGACACAAUCUCGCCGCUCGUGACUCCAGCAAAUUCGACGAUGCGGCCGAAAAGCAUGUUACGCCGAGGUCCGAGUAAAGGGGUGAAGGCUUGGAAAGUGCUCGGGAUCGAAAAUGCACCGAAGCGCAAGAAUUCCGUUCUCGGAAUCGAGGAAUACCAGGCAAAGGUCGAGCGUAGAAAGAGCAUGAGGGCCGGAAUCGUCGCGGGAAGUACCAGCGUGAGAGAGGGACUCGGCAAGAAUUUGUUGGGUCUAGGGUUGGGCAUUGGAAGUAUCAUGGGAGCAAAGUCUGUGGAACAACAACUCCAACAGGCUCGAGACCAAGAGAGACGCAAGAAAGAAAAGACCUCGAAAAUCAUCUCCAUGCCUCGAUAUGCAUGAGUGCACAGAUUCCCCCGGCAGGUCAUCACGAUGACGCACCUGCGGCUCCCUGGACACUUCAACCGUUUUUUUUUCCUUCUUCUCUACAGUUUCAUCAUUUGGGGGUAUAUUCAGUCGGCGUUGAAAGGUGGUUCCUGUUCGUCAUUGGUUUUCGAGACCAGGCAUGACCGGCUCGCCCGACUUUACAGAGUCCAUUACAGUCCUCCCGUUCAGUACAUGCCAGCAUACACGACAUCUACAUGUUUUUUUUUCUCGCUCUCUGUUUGCAAGCAACACGACACAUACGGAAACUAGGGAUGAUGAACGAGACCAACGACCGAGCAACCUUUUUGACGACAUUUUUUUUUGUACAAAUCUAUUUUUGAAUUACACAGAAGGAGGGGGGGAAGGAUAAGUCGAUGGCCACGACAGGAGGGGAAACAGGUUCAGCAGUGGCGACGAGCAGUGGCGACGGACAGCGGCAGCGAUAUCGACAAUGAAAGAAGAUACCCUUUUUGAGAGAAGUCGAUCAAUUUGUUUUUUGGUUUGAUUUGUUUUUGGGGGUUUGAUUUGUUUUUGUCAAUGGGGGCAUUCAAAGGAUCCCGGUCUCUCUUUCGUCCCUACUCCCUCACACGCUCUCGUUUUUGAUAUCUUGUCGAGGGUCAGCUGGGGAUCGGAUGGAUGAUGAUGAUGAUGAUGAUGAUCGGGAAGGGAGAUUGGGAUAAUCCCCCGUACGUGGCGUUUGUUUUUGAUCUUGAGAUUCAAUACACAAAUU